AAAGGAGCCUGGGAGCUGCCUAGACUCUUCCGGUCCGGCGUCUUGUUUUGGAACGGAGGGAGUUGGACUGGCGCUUUUGGUGUUUGGUGGGCGGCAUUUGGGGGCCCACAUGAGCCAGUGGCGUCAUGCCCGCGGCAGCUGGGACCAGGGACGCGUCUUUUCUGGACGUUCCUCAGUCAAGAAGAAGAAGGGCGGAAACCAUAUCCCCGAAAGGUGGAAAGACUAUCUCCCAGUUGGACAGCGGAUGCCUGGGACUCGUUUCAUUGCUUUCAAAGUUCCUUUGAAGAAGAGUUUUGAAGGGAAUCUUGUUCCAGAAGAACGUUUUUCUCCCUUGGAUCUUUUUAACAAAAUACAAGAACAGAAUGAAGAACUUGGACUGAUUAUUGAUUUAACGUAUACUCACCGCUAUUAUAAACCAGAGGACUUACCAGAAACUGUUCCUUACUUAAAGAUUUAUACAGUUGGGCAUCAGGUACCUGACGAUGACACUAUUUUUAAAUUCAAGUGUGCUGUUAAUGGGUUUUUGAAAGAAAAUAAAGAUAACGAUAAACUUAUUGGCGUCCACUGUACCCAUGGUUUAAACAGGACUGGCUACCUCAUCUGCAGAUAUUUGAUUGAUGUAGAAGGCAUGAGGCCAGAUGAUGCAAUUGAAUUAUUCAAUAGGUGCCGGGGACAUUGCUUAGAAAGACAAAACUACAUUGAAGACCUUCAGAAUGGUCCCAUCAGAAAGGAUCGGGAUUCCAGUGUAUCCAGACCAAGUGCUUGUGAUUACUCAACAUAUAUGAUGGAACCAGUCCACACCACUAAUAACCAAGGACCUAGCAAUAACAUACGUUGGACCCAACGUUACUCAACACCUUCUCGGCAUUUCCAUACCCAGACCCAAGAUUGGCAGCAGUCAGUGAGAAAAUUUUCACAGAAUCAGAACGUUUACCACAGAGGCCAUAACCGUCCUCAUGGUCCUCCCAGGGAGGACUAUUCACAAAGAAGGUAUUCAUGGAGUGUAAAGCCAAAUGCCAGUCAUGUAGUCCAGAAUAAAAGAUGGUAUCCUGGCAGUUACUAUGGACUAUCCUAUCGAAGCUAUUGUGGGUGGACCGAGUGACACAGACCUGUCCUGGAAAUCUAUCUGGAGACAGGAAGAAGACAGCUGGAGUGACUUUUUAUAAGAUCAGGUCAAAUGAGGUUUAUAAAAACUAUUUUACUUCUCCCUUAUAUGUUCAAACUUAUGGAAAAAUUAUAUUGAUACUUAACUCUGCUGAUAAAUUUGCAGUGUUUGCAACAGUGAAAGAAGUAAUCUUGUUCCAGUCGUAAAUUUUUUUAAAAGAUGUUAUUCUAGAACUGAUAAAGUAAUAAAGAUCAUCCCUUUUACAUAAUUUUUUAAAAUUCUAUCUUUUCUAUGUAUUUCCUUUUGACUAGACUUGUGAUACGAAUGUGUGUAUACGGAAGUUUUUAGUCAUGUUCUAUUUUGCCAUGUUCUAAUUUUAACCCAAUCAUUAAGGGUGUCUUUUUUUCAACCCCUAACUGUUCAAGAUUUCUAUUAAAAUCUACCUAGGAGACAAUCUCUUUGGAAUCUAAUCAUUAUUUGUAAUCAGUUGUGGUAUUUUUGUGGUUAUCCAUUUCUUUCUUUGACAUUCUAUUGUGGGAUUUGACCGAAUUCCUUUCACUGAAUUGUCAGAUGUGCCAUUUAACACAGAAAUGGAUAAACUUUUAGGGAUUGAUUGUCAAUUGGAUGGGAGAGACUGAUUGAUAAACUGGAAUGCUGGGUAAUUUACCUGACAGGGCAAUUGGGAUCAACUGGGUAGAACAAUUCAGAAAACUUGAAAACUUUUAUAGACAGUAAAGGUUUCUUAAUGAACAGAAUA